AUGGCGCCUCCAACUCCAUCGGCCAGCUUCAGCACCCUACCUACAGAGUUAGUGCUUAAUAUCGUCAAACACACAGAGAGUAUCACGGAUAUCCUCACGCUUUAUCGUGUCAACCGUCGCUUCAAUUACCUCGUCUUACCCGCAAUCUUCGAAAGAUACAUCACCCGAGCCGUGAACACCUGGAGCGAGAACAAUAUUGAGCGUGCGCUGUUUGAGAUCUUCCUCUGGUCCAUCGUGCACAACCAGAUCAACCUCAUUCGGCAACUCACGACCUAUACUGAUCUGAUUGACCUCAAAGGUUUGAUGAUGGAGUCCUACUUCGUCAAGAAUAAGAAAGUCACAUUCUUGCACUUCUCCCUCCUCAUGGACGCCCCCAACGUUGCACAGCAUCUGAUGAAGUAUGGUGCCGAUCUCAUGCAAGAAGCCAGCGAGUACCCGGACCUCACCUGUCUUGCCCUCGCGCUGGGUACCCACCAAGUUAUCACCCAGCAAGAGCUCGAUGCAGCUCUCCGUACCUCCUGCAGUUACGCAUUGCCCCGGACCACCGAAUUCCUUCUUGCUCGAGGUGCUGAUUCCAACGCCAAAAGCCAAUCCGGACAGUCCCCUAUCCACACCACGCUCGCGAAGAAACCAAGAUGGGGCCACUUCUCUGAGCUCCAUGGGUUCCUGUACCGAGCUCGUCCAACAUCUGAGCACCCUCGAGUCUGGGAGCAGAUGAUCAUCGACACUGCCGCGGUUCUGCAGCUCUACGGCGCAGAUAUCAAUUGCAGAACAGCGACAUCGCAAUCCCACCAAUGCGACUUCAAGUGCUGGAAUUCGGUCAGCUGCUGCGAGAAUGGUGGUCAAACGCCUCUGCAUCUGGCUGCUGCGAAUGGUUUCAUAAACGCAGGCAGAUCAGUGAUGCUACGUACGAGAUAUCUGGCUCCGGUUGACGAUGACGGCUACACACCUCUCUACUACGCAAUUGCUCACGAACAGUGGGAUAUGACUGUGUAUCUGCUGCGAAAAUCGAAAGUGAAUAAUCCGAUUGUCAACGAGAAAUACAAGUCUACACUUCUGCACAUCGCAUGCCGGUUCGGUAUGGAAGCCCUGGUUUUCGAACUUCUCGAAGUGGGAGCAGAGGUCAACGCUGUUGACACCUGCGGACGAACACCCUUGCACGAGCUUCUCACCCAGACACUGAUGGAGCGAAAAAGCGGAGUCAUGAGAACACUGCGCACCCUGUCAAACUUUGAGGCAGACCUCAACCUGCGUACAGCAUACGCGCAGACCCCGAAACAGAUGGGAGAAAGGCAUGAGUGGGCGACAGUGAGAGCUAUGUUCACUAAGUUUACCUGGUUGGACUAUCUUGAUCCUCACACUACGGACUUGCCAAGUGCCUAUGGAAAACCUGUGGCUGGCGUGAAGGCUUGGAAUGUGGAGAGUUUUCCGAGAGCGAUUUCAAAGGAACUGGGAAAUUUACCUCGUGGAUACUAUCGACAUGCCAAUCAGGAAAUGUCGGUGCAGGAUGCAGCUAUGAUGACGGGGUACAAGAAGUACAAGCCGAGAGGCAAGAGAAACUACCAGCCGGAUCCAAAGCUCAUCCCAAAUUCUACCUCGGGUGUUCAGCCGGCUACUCAGGAGACAGCCGCCACCCAACGAAAUCACCAAUUGGGUAAUAAGCCUGAACUCAAGCCAUUGGUUAGCAAGAAGCCUGCAGAGGAACGAAAUGCCCAAGCCGAGCAAGAAUUACCACUGAAGGAGAAGCAUAGACAGCACAUAUUCACGAUUUGGGAGGCUGAGCGGUUGGAGUUUGACCGAAAGAAAGCAGCGGCCAGUAUUGGCGCGGCUUUGCUUCCUGAGCCCGAAAACACCAAGCCGGAACAGGGAGUAGAGGGGAAGGUAUCGAGUUCGCAGAACGUUGGCCAGGAGAACAUCAAACUUGGACGAGCUUCGGAGAAGGAGAAGCAGCAAGCUUCGUGGUCUACUUCCAAGGCCACGGUCCCGAGACAAAAAGUCUCGGAGAAUCAGCAGGCUUCGUGGGAUACCCCCAGAUCCACCGCCCCGAGAGAAGCCUCGGACAAGCAGCAAGCUUCGUGGAGUAUUUUGAAGGCCGAAACAACUCCGGAGCCACGAAACGACAAGCCUAGACAGUGGCAUUAG